AUGCGAUUGCUCAAAUGCGCCAAUGGCAAAAUCAGGCUGACGAAGGACUUAACCCACGACAUCCCUCCAUAUGCCAUUCUCUCACAUACCUGGGGUACAGAUGAGGAGGAGGUUACCUACAAAGAUCUAAUUGCUGGCGGUGGAGAGGCUAAGGCUGGGUACGAGAAGAUCAGGUUCUGUGCGAAGCAAGCGGCGCGGGACGGCCUCGAGCAUUUCUGGAUAGACUCUUGCUGCAUCGACAAGGCCAACCAUACUGAACUACACGAGGCCAUCAAUUCCAUGUUCCGGUGGUAUCAGAAUGCGGCCCGAUGCUAUGUCUACCUUGUCGAUGUCUCAAUCCCUCAGCCAGCACUCCCGUCGCCUCGUCUCUGGACCCGGCUUGUACAGAAGACGCGAAAGCAGAAGCCCAUUGCUCCAGUGACCUCCAGCGACAGAGAAACCCCGAAGCUGGUCUGGGAAUCGGCCUUUCGGAGUAGCCGUUGGUUCACCCGUGGAUGGACGCUGCAGGAGCUCUUAGCUCCUAAAUUGGUCGAGUUCUUUUCAAAGGAUGGCCAACGUCUUGGCGACAAGACAUCUCUUGAGAAAGAAAUCCACGAGGUGACUGGAAUUCCUGUAUCAGCUCUCCGAGGGGCCGAUCUCUCCGAAUUCGACAUCAAUGAACGUUUCGGAUGGGCGGAUGGGCGACAGACCACGCGCGAAGAGGACGCGGUCUACAGUCUCCUGGGCAUAUUCGGCGUCUUCAUGUCGCUCAGAUAUGGCGAAGGGAAGGAGAAGGAAGCCGCGCGGCUCAGAGAGAAGCUGGGGAAACGGGAUAGGGCUCAGCCACUGCCAUUCGCGACAAUCCCGUUCCGCCGCGACCCUCACUUUGUGAACCGAGAUGUCAUCCUCGACCAGGUCAAGAGGCGGUGUUCCGAACCUGCUGGCCGCGCAGCAUUGGUGGGCUUGGGCGGGAUUGGAAAGUCACAGUUGGCCAUCGAGUUUGCGUAUCGGUUCGAUGAAGCCGCGACCGGGAGCUGGCUGUUCUGGAUCCAUGCUGGCACACGGGCCCGUGUCGACGAGGGCUUUCAAGCGAUUGCAGAGGCCGUGAAUAUACCGGAGCGCGUCCAACCCAAAGCGGAUAUCCCGCAGCUCGUUUACAGCUGGCUGUCGCGGGAACAAAACGGCAGGUGGAUGAUGAUCAUCGACAGUGCCGACGAUGCCGAUGUAUUCUACGGGUCUACGGCCAGGUCCGAUGGUAAAAACCUGGCAUCGUUUCUGCCCCAGAGCCGAAAUGGAUCUAUCCUUGUCACAACACGCGAUAAAGACCUGGCGCGCAGGCUGACCGGACAUGAUGGCAUCAUUGAGGUCGGAGUGAUGGCUGAGGCCGAGGCCUUAUCCCUUCUAGAGAAUAAAGCCGGGCCGAUCACAGAUUUGGGUGCCGCCUCAGAGCUGGUGCGAACUCUGGAGUAUAUGCCCCUCGCAAUCAACCAAGCGGCUGGGUACAUACAGGUAAGAGCGCCGCGCAGCUCAGUCGGGAAGUACCUAGCGGACUUUCGAGAGAGCGAAUCAAACAGAGCCAAGCUCUUGGGGCACGAUAUGGGAGACCUUCGGCGAGACGGUAGCGCUUCGAACGCGGUUCUGACGACCUGGCAGCUUUCCUUUGAGCACAUCCACUCCAAACGACGUUCGGCUGCAGAUCUCCUAUCCCUCAUGAGCUUCUUCAAUUGCCAAGGCAUACCCGAAUCACUUCUCAAGCCUGCCGGGCAGACAAUCAACUCAAAGCAAGAGGACGACGAGUCAGAUCCUGACGACGGCGAUUGCGAUGGGAUGAGUAAUGACUUUGAAGACGACAUAGGGUUGUUGAAAGACUUUUGUCUCCUUUCCAUGAACGAAAGCGGGACUGAGUUCGAGAUGCACGGGCUUGUGCAACUGUCGACACGAAAGUGGCUAGAAGCCAAGGGUCUUGAAGAGGAGUUCAAGGAGCAGUUUCUCCGCCGGUUGUGGGCAUCGUUCCCCGAAGGGAGAUAUGAAAACUGGGAAGUCUGCCGGAAGCUUUUCUCCCAUGUCGAGGCAGCGUUCGAGUACACGCCGGCCAGAGAAGACAUGGGCGAGGUGUGGGCCAAGGUUUUGUACAACGGAGCCUGGUAUGCCUGGUCGCAAGGCAGGUUUGACGUGGCCGAGCGAAUGGCUUACAGGGUCAAGAAGUUUCUCGAGAGGUUGCUAGGGCCAGAGCACGUAAGGACUCUGUCGAGCGUGUCCUUGUACGGAAUGGUCCUUCGAGACAAGGGCCAAUGGGCAGAAGCCCAAGAGGUGUUUGCGAGAGUGAUGGAGGUCCGCGAGAGGAAGCUCGGGGCCGACCACUCCCUCACGCUGAACAGCAUGGCCAACCUGGCUUCGACCUUUUGGAGCCAGGACCAGUGGGACAAGGCCGAGGAGCUGUACGUGAAAGUGAUGGAGGGCCGCAAGAAAAAGCUUGGGGCCGACCACCGUCGCACCCUGAGCAGCAUGAACGACUUUGCCGUGAUACUCAAGCCUCAGGGCCGAUGGGACGAGGCGGAAAAGCUAGAGGUAGAAGUGCUGGAGGCGAGGAAGAGGACGCUCGGGCUCGACCACCCGCACACACUGACCAGCAUGAACAACUUGGCAAUCACCUGGGAAUGCCAACGCCGCCAUGCGGAUGCCUUGAAGCUGAUGGAGAGCUGCGUCGAAGGUCAGCGGCGGAUUCUUGGUCCACACCAUCCCGACGCGCUCUCCUCCUCGGCGAUGCUGGCCAAGUGGCGUUUGGAGGCGGAUAGCCGCUCGCCAACAGGAGAAUAA